CUUGUUUUUACCAUUUGAUGUUAAUCAAAUAAUGUUUUAUUAAUGUGUAUAUAUUUUCGACUAGUAUAUCUAUUAAUAUAUUAUAUAUUGUAUUCACUAGAAUAUUUACUAAAAAUUCUCUUUUGUCGCCAUAUAUUAACUAAUCUUACAACCGGCCUCUUGCGAUUUCAAAACAUCACCCUUGUUGGUGCCUUGGCCAAUGUUUGUUUAUAACACUCUCACAGUAUGCGAACUCUCUAGUGUGGAAGAGAGUUCGUAGAGCGUAACUAACCAAAAUGCAUAUUAGUGUUCGCGCCUGCUCCGUUGUACCAGACGAUUUAAAUGCCACCAAAGCGGCGAAGCUUAACGAUCAGUCUCUUGGAGCGUCGAAGAGAUCGUGAAAACCGAUCGUACAGCACGCACAGCACGAAACACAAAGAGAAAAAGCACCCACAAAAGGGGCACACACUCUCGCAGCUUACGUACGAUUCGGACACGACAGUUCGGCUCAGUCACGUUUCGCGUUCCGACGGCAAAGCAACACGCGCGGUUUACGCCGUGGUUCGGUUUCGCAUGCGUUCCUGUCUUAGUUUGUUUAUGUUCCGCAAGUGUACGUCAAUUUACCCACCAAGCCCCUUGUACGUGCGUGCGAAACAGAGGAAUCGAAAACAACAAAGAAGUGGACAGCGGGAUCGUAUCGUGGAUUGGCACGCGGAUCGGAUGCAAAGUUUACGAUCAAUCGCAGCCACGAUCACACGCACACGUGCGCUUUUGGUAGUGCGGAUUUAUUAAACUGCGUUACCGUGCGGUUUUAUUCAUGUAUUCUGCACUCAGUGGCGAUUGUUUGUGUACACUUCGGUAGGUGACGAUCGGUGUGAGUGAAUUGUGAUGCAGUACCUGCAUUGCAACAGCAUUGUACAGCCCCGCAACAACCACAACAGCAAGGCAAGCUGUUAAAUGUCUAAGAGCAAACGUGUUGGAAGUGAAGGCGAAACCUCGAGAUAUACAAAAACAAGUUCUUAGCCCUCCCAGUCUCACCCAGGCCUUGUUGAGUUUUUGUUUAUUCAGCCUGUUACGUUUGGGUGCAGGAAAGUGAUCUAUGUAUGUGAUUUUUAUGUGCCUUCUUGCUAGCGUUGGAAAUAGUUCAUAAACGAGUAGUACGAUCUUCUGAACCCGAAUACCCCAUACCUUCGCUCGUGAAAGUGUAUCUGCACAUCGAAAGUGAACAUCGAAGAGGAAAGUGAAGGUGGAGCACAUCACUGUCGUAGCAAAUUCAGAAAAGAUUUCCUACAAGAAAACUUCCUCUCAGGAACCUUCAUGAUUAAGCUUUUGCAGUUAAGAUCGGAUUUUUUUUUCGAAUCCAGCCGAUUAAGUGUUUUCACUCGCCCGUAGGGUGUAAUGUUCUACUCUACUUAGCGUCAAUCACGUCAUCGUGGCGUUCACCGCAUGGAUCGUGUUUAGCGACCACAUAAAAUAGUAGCCAUUGCUCGCCAUAGCUGGUGAGAUGAAUUUCUUGCCCAUACGAUCAGUCAAACUAUAUGGAACGCUAUGCCUCGGACAAGGAAGUCUUUCGAUACAGUCGUGCAAAGAAAGAAGCAAAUCGUAUAAAUAACCGGUUGGUAUAAGAGUGGGUGGUAAUCAAUUUUGCCUUCUUCUACUUCACGGAUUUCCCCUUUUAGCCAUCGGUCCGUAAUGGGAAGGACGUUGGCGGACCUGAGCAUUCCACCAUUCUCAACUCCCCCGAAGAAGAGUGUCCGCCUGGCUGAGUAAGCAAAGCACAAUUCUUCUUUGCCCAAGCUUAUGUCACGCUUGUGAAAUGAGCAAUCACUGUUUGUGUGUCUGGCCGCAGGCAAACGCUUUGGUGACAACCCCUUCUCCUAAGGCCAUCUGAAGAUCGAUCUCUGCACAAUGGGGGUUUUCCCUUAAGUGUUGUGCUGUAUUUUAAAGGCUUUGGCACAUUUUUUUCGUUCACUCCGAAACGGUCGAAGGUAUCGAGACUCCGAUCGGCAAUCUCGGAUAUAUCGCGUAUGGUUCUCCCUGAUACGUGAGGCAUUGUAUGUAGUGGUGGUAAACCGUCAUGGUCAACCAACAGUACUUCUGCAGUCUGCAGCCAUUUACAAGUUGUGAGAGUUUGUUCUAGGGUAGGGUGUUGGCUCAGUACCACCCCGUACGGCCAUGACCACCCUAUGCGUUGUGAAUAAUUAACCAAACCGCACGAAGCCUGUGUCCUUAAAAGAUCAUUUUGUGUGAUUGUUUCUUUAGUUUUUUCUCCCCCUACCGUAAAGAAUAGAAAGGCAUAUUUCGAGGACUGGUUUGUUUAUCCACAGAUUGCAAGAUAUAUGCAAACGUGAAGUGAACUUAUACUAUGAGGUUUAGUUUGAUUUUUUUGUUGUAGUUGUUACUGAAUGGAGUAUGUGGUUGAUUGGGUAGUCACCUUUGUUACGUGAAUAACAUAACUUUAAAUCAGAGCUAAAAAUGAUCGAAACCUUCAUUUUUCCUCAGGUGAUUAUAUGGAAGGGAUUAACAUCGAUUACACUGGCCAACGCCAGCAAAAGUAACGAAUGACUGAUCCCAAAUUGAAUCACCUUUCAAACUAGCAGAGAGCCUCAAAUUAAGACAUUAUCGUUUAAAUUGAAAAGCCAUUCAGUAAUCGAUCCCGAAUGAUCGAUCAUCAUAGUAAGCGUUGAGCCGAUUGGACAAACAAACAAUCCCAAAUGCCUAUCACUUCCUUAUUGUUGAAAAACAAAACAUAAUAAAGCGUUAGUUUUGCUAGAAAAGUGAAAAUGUUCAAUGAUCCUUCCUCUUCCAAUUUAUAAUUAUUGAUCACGCUUUUGCAAAUGUCCAUCAAGUUCAGUGUGUUGAAUUUAAUUUUCAAGAUCCUCGAAAUGCCACAGCUAUUGGUAUUCUAAUGAUUUACAGUAUUUUAGCGCUAUGGAGCUCACAUACCCUUGUAAAAAUCGUAACACAAAUGCGAAGGUCCUUCUCCUUGUGAAAUUCUUUUGCGCCUUCUUAUAUUCAACGAUUGAUUACAAGAUCGCGGCAAGCAAAAUCAAAAUGUCGUUUGUAAGCCUACAAAACUUUAAGGAUGUUUGACGAUACCACUUUUGAUACGUGAACAGUACGAUCGUCGCGUGACUGGGCAAGGUAGCUUCAACCUUUUUAGCGUGCUGGAAUGUGUUUCUGAUGUCGUUGAAAGGCUUCAAAUACUUACAAGCGUCUCGAAUAUGCACAGGCUGUUCGGGAAGUAAUUGGACACGUAGACAGGGGCUUUCAAUUAAUUCUUAGCUAAUUGAAGGAUGCGCAAGACGAAUCUUAUGAGCGCACUGUACCCAAUGUGAUGCGCCAUCCAAUUUGCAAUUGAUUUCAUUGAACUAACUGGCGUAUAAUAGAUGCCCUAGUUUUUUGCCGUUUAACAGUGGUAUGUAGAGUAGAACUGAUAAUGCGUUCAAUUUAAUCCCAUCCGAUAGAGUGAAAGAUUCAUUUCAUCGCUCACGACGCUAUGAUGUGUUGACGUUCGGCUUUUAAUUAGUCUUGCUCAGCACACUUACGAAUGGAAUCUAAUUUCUCUUACCCGGUUUGAUACGCGCGCACUCCGUUGGCCAAGAAAUGCAAAACCGACAGACGUAAAAUCGAUUAAUUGUGCCCCUUCCUUAACCUUUUGCCUAAUACGUUUGGUGGUUUUCGACGAUUUUACGUACGUAUUGUGUUGCCUGGAAAUCAAUGGUUUAGAAACCUAUUUUUGAGCAGUGGAACUUAAGACACGUGGAAUUGGAGUUACAAUAUGAUAAUCAAAUCCUAUCGAUUUUUGCUUGUAAUUAAUUCGCUUACGGAUUUUGAGUUUUCAGAUUAGAUUCCCAAUACUCAGCAGGUCCCUUCCCAUGAAUUCGUUCAGCCCGCAAACGAAAUGUUUAUUAGAAGCCGCAUAUAUAAAUAAAUUUUAUAUGAAAUGAUACCAUAAAGACAAUAAAACCGAAAAACACACUCAUCGCCCAUAGCGAAAACUGGAUUACUAUUGGUUGCUAUUUGGGCUGACAUGGCGGAUUUAUUUUGUUUUUGGUAGGCAAUUUUACGUUCGCGCAACUUCUUGCUUCAUGCGCAUUCACUCACUUUAUGGGCAAGCUGAGGACCUUGAAAACUCGCUCAGCCAAGCAAUACGUCGUUGAAGCCGUACAAAGCAGUCGUGAUUCAGGAUGCGAUCGAAAGUCCAGCUACGAGACGAACGAACCGGUUCAAGGAUCCUGCGUCACACUACCUCCCGCUGGACCGGAAAAUGUCGAUUUCGCUGUCUACGCAACGAUGUCGUAGAGUUUAGUGAGCCCUUCCUGCUCAAUUUAUGGAGUUGAAAAUCAAUGAAUACAUUUACACGGUAUGGUCGAGCGUAUGGAAACAAUAACGUUCUAAAAGGGAAAGGGUUGUGUGAUUUUCAUGAGACUUUUUUUAUUUUAAAAAUGUUGUAUUUACUUUGGAAAUGUAAACCUUCUAAUGAUGCGAUUCAUUUCAAGCAAAUUUCUACUUUGCAUAAAUAAAGUUGCAUGCUUUAACCAGAACAAAUUAUACAUUCCACAGCAAAUGCUGUUUCCAAACCCACAAAGACUCUUCGUUAGUCUGCUUAAAUCUCUCGAGCAUUUGUCAAGGUUGUGUAUGUUGAAAUAUUUGGAUAUUCCUUCAAAUUUUGCCAACCUUACUGCCCCUCUUUCAAAAAGCAACAACAUGUUGACAUUUUAACGCCAAAUCUUUAUCGACACUCGAAAACCACUCUCCAUUGGCCAUCAGCGUUCAAAUAUAAUCUGAGAAUGAAGUUAAAAAUAAAGCUCUAUUAUGAUUGUAUCUCUCCGGCUAUUUUUUGUGCACUUGAGGUUCAGGGUAGUAAUAGAAUGAUUGUCGGUGUAGAUCAGGAUGUUGUUCGUGAUCAACCAGUGUUAUCAGCGGUUCAUUCGGGAAUUUUAACGUAAUAUACUCCAACACACGUAGAAUCCAUAAUCAGCUGAAAUCCAUUGGAGUUAUAGCUUGAUGAUCAUUGGGUUUACCUCAAAACCGACGCCACACAAAAGCACCCUUGUGCCUUGGUAUGCACACACCCGUGCGCACAGAUGCGCUCAUUGCUUUCAAAAUCGUACUUCGAGCUCCACACGUUUGUUCAUUGAGACAUUGAGGUACUGCUGCUUAUUUUUCUCGUUAUUUGUGUUCCUUUGUGAUGCGGCAGUCGUAGCUGAAGCGUAUCAAAUAAUAUAAUCAUAUUACAUGUGGCUACCAGUGAACGAAUUACAUACUGCUAGUGUUCGUGAUUGAGUGUAAUCGUCACUCAAUUCAGCAGAGUUUCGGUGUGCAGUGUCAAAAUAUUGGAGUAUCUUUCAAACCAUUAAAAUGAAAGAUACAGCAUAGUGCAGCUCAGUUUCAGUGCUCUUAUUCUUCAAGUGCAUUAAGGGGGCAAACAAAAAUUUUCGUACACGGUUCCGUUUUGUGCAAUAAAAAAGAUAAACAUGCGGAUUAUACACCAUCCAGGACGUGCUAUUGAUGCGAGUCUUUCGCUCGAACAACGCAGUGCAAUGGGUGCCCUCUACGAGGCCAACUGGAAUAAAGUACAGUCUAGCAUGAACUCGUUGAUCGAGAGUCAUCACGAGACAAAUCCUUAUGAAACGGCAGAUCAUCCAUCGUCUAGACCUGUUAACCUGGAGUCCUAUCGAACAUCGACCGUUGCCGGUUCUUCUGAGGAUGACGAAGGCCUUCCCGAUGAAGAGGAGCGCGAUUCUUUUCAGGAAGGCAAUGGUGUCCUCAAAGCAUUGAAUGGAUACCGGCCAGCUACAAUAAGACGUGCGCGUCAACGCCAAUACCCAGAAUGGGACGAGUCGAAGGACCCGAAAGACUUCCUGGAUGAUCCAAACGCUACCAAAUAUCAUACCGUCAAAGGACGGAUGUUUGAAAAUACUCACAAACCGCGGCCUGCUUUGCGAGGCUCCAGUAUGGCCGAGUUCGAUGCAGGACACUACGCUAACUUACUUUCAACAGAAGAACGUGUGCCGGCUGUUCCAGCACGUAAUUCAACCUUAAAGCGUUCCAAUACGGUGGCAGCAAAAAUCCCUACCGCUCAGCAGAGAACUCUAGAUCGACGGGAACUGUUCAUGCACCAACAGCAACAUCAAUACCAUCCUCCACCUGAACACCAGUCGAAAAAGGAACGUGUGAGGCAACAGAAACCUAUGGACGAGUACUCGGAUCAUCUUCACCGUCCGGUUAGCCACUAUCCGGACCCGAUGCCGGGAAUCGAAAGCAAGCUGAGAUCUAGCGUGAUCUGUGAUAAUGGUACCGGUAGGGCCCGGUAUCGUGAUAAAUCCAGCCCAGCCGACUAUCGCCGUGGUAGCGAUGACAGUGAGAGUAAUCUAUCGAUCGGUGACCGUAUGACAUCGUACCGAUCGGACAACGAUCUCUGUUCUCAGAUCUACCGGGAGGGUAGCCGAAAUGGCUCAUUGGCAAGUAUUCCACGUGCAUCGGCAACGCUUUCCCGCAAUCGCACCAUCAAGGGUCGUCCAAUUUUAGAAGAUAUUCCAGCCGAUCUGUUGCCGCGAUUAGAACCGGAGAAACCUAAACGUUCCGAUAAGAAAGUCGGUUUCGGCAAGAUGUUGUAUAAUACGAUUUCGGCUGGUACGAAGUUCCCGCGCACAUUGCUCAAGUCACAUUUUGGAGCUGGUGUAAGGGAAGCUGGCGAUAUGUCCGAGAAUGAGAGUGCGACCGGAUGUCACGACUCGCCACUCUCAUCGCUGUCCUCUUCUGCGUCUUCUUCCUCGUCCUCAUCACCACCAUCGUCAUCCUCUAAAUCGUCAUCCUUUAAAAAAUUGUUUGGUGGCGGAGGAACUAGCGGUGGCAGCAGAAGUACCAGCAAUAGUAGUAGCAUCAGCAAUAGUAUCAGCUCUGUCACUGUGCAUCAACAACGACGUCCGCAGCUUAGAGAUGAAUGCGGUGAUUCGUUCAUCAUUUCCUCGCGUCACGGCCCAGCCAGUGGCAAACUUGCCUCGCUAGUUCCCGUGCAUACGUACGCACGGAAGCGACGCACAGGAAAUUUGAUCGCCAACGAACCCAUCUACGGCAACGUGGAGGAGAUCUACGUCAAUCCUGAUGAGGGUCGCGUUGAGGUGUCGCGUGAAGGCAAAUACCUGUCGACGCUAUCCGGUGCUAAGGUCCUCGGUGAGUUAGCCAUCCUCUAUCACUGCCAACGAACGGCUACCAUCACAGCCGCGACCGACUGCAAACUCUGGGCUAUCGAGCGACAAUGCUUCCAGACGAUCAUGAUGCGAACUGGGCUGAUACGGCAGGCCGAGUACUCCGAUUUCCUCAAGAGUGUACCGAUCUUCAAAAACCUCCCGGAAGAUACGCUCUGCAAGAUAUCCGAUGUGCUGGAAGAGUGCUACUACCAGAAAGAUGAUUAUAUCAUCCGUCAGGGUGCCCGUGGUGAUACAUUCUUCAUCAUCUCCAAGGGUCAGGUACGCGUAACGAUACGUCAACCGGACACGCAGGAAGAAAAAUUUAUCCGCACUCUUGGGAAAGGCGAUUUCUUUGGCGAAAAAGCGCUGCAAGGGGAUGAUCUGCGCACUGCAAACAUUAUCUGUGACUCACCGGAAGGAGUUACCUGUUUGGUGAUCGACCGGGACACUUUCAAUCAGCUGAUCUCGAAUUUGGAUGAAAUCCGAAACCGCUACAACGAUGAAGGAGUUAGCGAGCGGAAAAAAAUCUACGAAGAGUUCCGGGAGGUGAAGCUUUCGGAUCUCCGCGUUAUCUCCACGCUCGGUGUCGGUGGCUUUGGACGUGUAGAGCUGGUUCAGCUUGCCCAAGAUAAAUCGAGAUCGUUCGCACUGAAGCAGAUGAAAAAGGCGCAGAUUGUAGAGACACGUCAGCAGCAGCACAUUAUGUCGGAAAAGGAAAUAAUGAGCGAGGCAAACUGUGACUUCAUCGUAAAGCUGUACAAAACGUUCAAGGAUCGGAAGUACCUGUACAUGCUAAUGGAGAGCUGUCUCGGUGGUGAACUAUGGACGAUUCUACGCGACCGUGGACACUUUGACGAUGGUACCACGCGCUUUUAUACAGCCUGUGUGGUCGAGGCGUUCGACUAUCUGCACUCGCGCAACAUCAUUUACCGCGACCUGAAACCGGAGAACCUGCUUCUAGACGUAUCUGGGUAUGUGAAGCUGGUUGAUUUUGGAUUCGCCAAAAAGUUGCAAUCAGGUCGAAAAACAUGGACAUUCUGUGGGACACCGGAGUACGUUGCACCCGAAGUAAUUCUCAACCGAGGACAUGACAUCAGCGCUGACUACUGGUCACUUGGAGUGCUCAUGUUUGAGUUACUGACUGGUACGCCACCGUUCACUGGUGCAGAUCCGAUGCGCACGUACAACAUCAUCCUGAAGGGUAUCGAUGCGAUCGAGUUCCCGCGCAACAUCACCCGCAAUGCCAGUGCGUUGAUCAAGAAACUAUGUCGAGACAAUCCAACCGAACGUCUCGGGUACCAACGAGGUGGCAUCAGUGAAAUCCAAAAGCACAAAUGGUUCGACGGCUUCUACUGGGAAGGAUUGCGGAAUCGUUCACUACCUCCUCCGAUCCUGCCGAAGGUACAGAGCGUCGUCGAUACGGCUAACUUCGAUGAUUAUCCGGCCGAUCCCGACGGUCCACCGCCGGACGAUCUGUCCGGAUGGGAUGAUGAUUUCUAAGCUUCGCAUCUUUCAUUCUUCAAGAUCUUUCGCGCUAAAAUUCUUUUAAAGUUUUGUUUUUCGUCCCGCAGUGUAGAGAGCCUUUAUCUCGUACAUGUGUAUUUUUGUUCCUUCAGGAGAAUUUUUAACGUUGUGUGUCCGAUGUGUUUGACUGUGGGGUGGAUGAUGGUGCGUGGGAUUAAAGGUCGCUUGUGGGACGAAUGUUUUCAAACGUAAUUGUUGUAGCGUUUUAUAUAAUUAUUUUUACAAAUUUUAUCAUUUUAUCCAUUACUCAACAAGAGAGAGAUGUGCAACAAGAGAAGACGGGUACAAAUGUAUUUUUAAAAUGGGCGCAAAAGAAAACAUUAAAACUAGAAACAUAAACGCAUAUAGAUAAUUGAACCACAAGUAGAGGAUUGAGAACAGCAUCGCCCAUGUCAUGUAGAUGGAGAGACUUGUCCUUUGUGAUCCAUCUCUUUUCUUUGCGUAAAAUUUGCGAGUAUGGAGCGCCUAUCGUCUCCAGCUAGCUAACAAAUGAUCAUCCAACUAUUACGUAACACUAGUAGAGGGUACGGGAGUUACUGCCAGCGUUACGAUUUGUUCUUAAUGUUGUGCAAUUGAGAUUCUGUAAAAUAUACAUAUUAAACGUUUGUACAUAAAAUGCCCGUCAAAAUUCACGAAUAGAUGCAUAGUAACACAAUUAUUGUUUCACAGAUUAACUUUCAAAAUCAUGGAGAUCGUGAAGCAGUGAUCGCUUGUGUUUUAAAUAGGUAUGAGCUGUAGCUGUAUGAAUCACGCAAACUAGUUUCCUUUCAGCGGCUGAUUAGAAAUCAGAAAUAGUUUCUAGGGCUUAAAUCUCAGAGACAAUAAAUUCGUUUUCUGUGUA